ACAAGUUUAAACCAUAUGCACAAAGUGUUCAGAGAAACAGUGAAGAUUUUCCUCUUCUCUUUUUUAGAGACGAUAAAAUAAAGGGACUGCAUAAUUUAGAAUUUGGAGACAAACGGAAGGAUUUAGGAAAUAACCUCGUCACCUUAGCUUUGUGCUCUUGGUGUUUUUGUUAGGUAGCCUAACUUCCCUUCUCAGUGGAUAUGCAUCGGUCCCAUCUGUAGCACUCUAUGGUGCCCUUAACUGCGCCUCGAGUUUAUGGACCCCCGCUCAAUGAUGACUAUGAGUUCAUUAUCGGACAGUCUGGUUUCUUCUGAUCCCUCAAAAUCGGCCUUUCUGGAGUUCGGACACGGCUAUCCCGGCCACCAGCAGCAUCCCCCCGGCUUAUCCCAAAACAUCUAUCCAGUGCACGGCUUGCAUCCCGUCGGACCCUCGCAGCACGACAGCUCCUUUUCUUCCAGCGCGUCAUCCUAUGGCCGCACGCUAGCCUACCCCUACCACAGCACUGUAAGCGCACACCACCCAAGUGCCUACCUGCCAUACCAGCACAGUAGCCACAACAACGGUCUGGGACGCACGAGAAUAGAGGAAACAGAGCUUGAGAAGCCAACCACGGUGAUCGAGAACGGAGAAAUUAGACUGAACGGAAAAGGGAAGAAGAUCCGAAAACCUAGGACCAUCUACUCAAGCUUACAACUGCAAGCGCUCAACCAGAGAUUCCAGCAAACCCAAUACCUUGCGCUACCUGAGCGAGCCGAUCUGGCAGCAAAAUUGGGACUAACUCAAACGCAGGUUAAGAUAUGGUUCCAGAACAAACGCUCCAAGUACAAGAAGAUCAUGAAGCAUGGCCCGGGCGGACCGGAGGGAGAACACCUGCACCCUGGGUCAUCUGGGUCUCCGUGUUCCCCGGGGAUGCCGCCACUUUGGGACGUUUCCAUGGCAAAUAAGGGGACGCCUGCGCAAUCCGGUGGAUACAUGAACAAUUUCGGACACUGGUACCCAAGCCACCACCAGGAAUGUAUGCCGAGAACUCAAAUGAUGUGACGGGAUAUGGACAAUGGGAUGGAAUUCUAUCCGCUCUCCUCAACUGACUUUACUCAAUCUCAACAUUUAGAUUCGUGUUUCGUCUCCUCUUGUACACGAACCGCGUAGCAUAUCCCCUUUUACAUGUAGCUCCAAGCCCCAGCUAACACAUUAGUCUUAACUUUUGAAACGACGUUUAAAGGUAUUUUGCUUGAAUUUCAUCCGAGGUUUUGCCUACAAUUUCGUUGACAUGAAGAAAUGACUGCACGGAUUUUGCCUUGGAGGCUUGUGUGGAUCUGGAAUUUGAAUGCAGUUCAGUUUCAAAUAAAGCCUCAGUGGUCAACUAUGCACUGCAAUAAUAUCUCUUUUUACGAAAUGAGCAAUCCGAAGAUUUCAGAAGUUUGAGCAUGAAAAUGCCUAACCCUAACAUAUAUAUAUGAUUUAAAUAUUUGAUGCAAAUACAUAAGUUCGAUUAGGCAUGAGUUUAUAAUUAUUACUAUUAGUAGUAGUAGUAGUAGUAUUAUUAGUAGUAGCCUAUUAUUAUUAUUAAAGUAAAUAUCAAAUAUACCAAAAUACGGAAAAAAACGGACAUCUAUGGCGCAAUGAAAACUAACAAAGGGUCAUGUAUUUUACCCUAAAACAUUUGAACAAGCAAAAGAGGGUAUUAUUUUAAUGUUGACAAUGAUUUUAUAAAAUGGUUAUGUCAAUUAAAGGUAAUUUGGGAUAUAGCUUGUUAAAUAAAACUUUCAUUCCAACAGUAUAAUUACCAGCAAUUUGCAGGCAACAAAAUAUUAUUCUCCAAAACUGAAAGUCCAUAGGAACUAAUAGGAAAAGAACAAGGAGCAUCCAUCGGCUGUUGCGGGUCUACAAGGCAACGGAAUCGUCAUUAACCCAAAUUACUUGCAGGCGUAAGCUAAUUGUAGCCUAUCAGCAGUCCGGCACAAAUAGCUGAACAACGAGAGGCAAAAGACAUGAUAGCCCCCGUGAGAGUGCUAUCAUGAGGGUGCAAACAAACCAACUGUGGUGAUUUUUUUAGUAUAGGACUAACUAUUGAGCACAAAGGUGGCAACACAUGUCCAAGAGUGGUGUGGCGAUAAAAACAAUUCUGGGGCCGUAGUUUUUCUUGAUCUUGUAACCUAUCCACGUAAAAGUCAAUGCCUUAUACUGUAUACAUGAUUCACCUCUUGUAAAAAAAAAGGUUUCAUAUGGGCUGUGAUGGGACCAGAGUUUUUCUAAUCAGGUCACGUGGGUUUUAAAAAACUCCUGGGAAAACUGGCUUUGGUGAGGAUACCCUGGCAACCCACCCUGUCACCUGCAGCAACCUUGUACCGUCUGAAUUGUGUUUUAAAGGGACUGGGGGGUUCCUUUACACGUACACACAGAGAAAGCAACAUGAUUGGACAAUAAAACACACAGGGCUGAGCUUGCUUUAUGCAGAUUUGCAUCGUGUAGUUUUGCUCUAUGCAACUGUAGGCUGAAUAAAACAUGUACUCACAGUC